CACGAGAGUUGAGUUUCUGCGCUGUGAUUGGUCAGCCCAAAGCACCGUUGGACCGCCAUUUUUGAAGUGGAUGAACAACAAACAGACAAGUAAAGAAUCGCCCUCAGGGGAAGGGUUCUUGAAUAGACCUCUGUUUUCUUUCACCAAUAACUGGAAAUUAUCUGCAAUCUUGACAUGUCUGAAGACCCCAGGAACGGCAGCUUUCUGUCUACGUCAACGCCCGGAGAUCAGAAUGGGCGGCCUAGCCUUCGCAGACGCUCCAGGUCAAGUUCCUCCUUCUUGACCCCGAGUCCAGCUCCAGACAUUCCGCGAAAGCGGAAGCGUGGAAAGGACGAGGACAGUCUGAGCGUGUGCAGCCUGGACAUGAAGGUGAGCCACAAGGCCCGUGAAGAGCCCAGUCACAAGCGUACACGAGGACUGUCCAGGAUCUCCUCACUGGCAUCCAUGCUGUCCCCGGUCAAACCUGUUAAGAAGAUUGGACAGACACUGCAGAGGUCACUCAGCUUCAGAAAGAGCACGGACGAGUCUCCAAUGACCGCGAUCAAGCCGUACCACAUCGCUCCCACACCUACCAAGCGCCGGGAGAGCCUGCUGUGGAGCGACGUGUACGCCAAGAACAUCCGCAACGAGGUGCUGACUAAGCAGCAGGUCCGACACCAGGAGGCCAUGUUUGAGCUGUACCAGGGAGAGAAGGACAUGGUCUCAGAUCUACAGAUGGUUAAGAAGACAUACUAUGAAGCAAUGCGUGUCUUCAAAAUCAUGUCUGAUGAGGAACUCAACAUCAUCUUUGGCACCAUGCAGUCUCUCCAACCUAUCCACCAAGACUUGGUAGUGAGGCUAGAAGCUGCACGGAGGGCAGACGGCAAAAUAGACAACAUCGGACAGACCAUGAUAGACUGGGUCCCCAGCCUGAAGUGCUAUGUAGACUACUGUGCUCACCAGGUGGCAGCUAAGACUCUCCUGGACAGGAAGAAACAGGACCAUCGUGUACAGGACUUCUUACAGCGAUGUCUGGAGUCACCCUUCAGCCGCAAACUCGACCUCUGGAACUUCCUAGAUGUACCCAGGAGCAGACUUGUGAAGUACCCCCUGCUCCUGAAGACUAUCCAGAAAUUUACUCCUAACCACAGUGAAGACAAGGCCUUGCUACAGACAGCUGUGUCCCUUGUAGAGGAUGUGAUAGCCCAGGUGGACAAGAUGACAGGAGAGUCCAACUGUCGGUACUACAUCAGCCGACUGGAGUACCUGGAUGAGAAGAACGAACACCCUCUCAUCGGACAGUCCAAACUACUGCUGUGUGAUGGCAUCCUCAGGAACAACAGGGGAACGAAGCUGCACGUGUUCCUGUUUGAUGAGAUCCUGGUGCUGACGAGGCCGGCCACCCGUAACGACCAGCUGUGUUACCAGGUGUACCGCCAGCCCCUCCCCCUGGCUGACCUGGUGGUGGAGGACCUGUCUGACGGGGAGGUCAGGAUGGGCGGGUCCUUCCGAGGGGCGCUCAUGACCAGGGAUGGAGGGAAGCACGUGUUACGUGUGGCACCAUCAGACCCCGCAGCAGGGCAGGCACACACUCUGCAGGCCAGUAACGAACACGACAAGAAGAACUGGCUACAGAAGCUGAGGGAAGCCAUGGUCGGGAAACGUAGGCCCCUCUCUGAGGUCAAAUGUGACCUGACCAACAGACAAACAAACGAUGGGGAUGAGACAGAAAAGGGCCCUGAGAAGAAGUCGAGCACAGUCAGGAAAAUUGCCUUCAGGAGACGCACACCUCUGAAUGCUGGCAAGAAUAAAGGUGAGAACCAACAGGCACCCGAGCCACAAGCACAGGAAAACAAAGAGAAAACAUCCCCAGAAGAUGUACAGAAAGAGAAUGAUGACAAGGAAGAGGAGACAAAGGGAGAGGCCCACAGUCUGGUGGCAAAGGGCAGCAAGGUUUGUGUUGUCGACAUCGGCUUGAUAGAAGAUGAAGAGAAAAAGGAAAUUGCUUGUGAAGAACGUAAGGAAUCCACCACAGUCGCCACUGAGAAAGAAGUGUGCGUCGUCGAGCUGAAUGAUAGAAUAGAGGAGAAGGCUGAUGAGGCACAAACAACAGAUGACCACACAGAAAAAGUAGGAAAAGAUGUAAAAGGAGAAGAGAGCACAGAGGAUGAGCUUCCCAACAGGAGAAAGACAGCAGAGUUGUGGGAAGAGCUGCCUUUCAUUGAUAUGUCCGGGGAGCAGUCUGUGCAGGAUGAGGAUAAGCAGGUAGGGGGCGCAGCUGAGCAGGAAAACACCACAGCUACAGUGGAGGAGAUUGGCACCAGUGAGAAAUCAUGCAGUCAGGAAGACUCAGACACCACCAGGACAAUUGACUCUAAGUCUAAAGAGCCAGUAGUAUCCCAGGAGGCAGGAGAUAGUGUCUCUUCAGAAUCCUGCGUACCACCACAAGAGCAGGAAACACACAGUAAAGCCAGCAGGACAGCGUCUUGCACAGAGACUGAUGUGUAGAUGGGAGAAAGACUUGCUGAAGAGUGACUAUAAAGCAGAUGUUCCCAUGGGUCAUGCUGUUCAUAGCUUCAUGCUUCCUACAGACUAGAAAAAUGGCAUUUCCGACCCCGUGGGCCUUGUGAAGUCGGCAAUAUUGAAAGUCACAAUUUAUUUUGUAUUUACGCUCAUAGUCAUUCUGUAUUUUGUUUGAGAUACAUAGUUUGUUAUCUAAUCAGUCGGGACUGGCAUGCUAGGCCUGAGCCCUUUAUACUCCUGUGGGAAAUGUGACUAAAUAUUGGAGGUGACUGAUUACCUGAUACUCCAGCCAUGAUUAUGUAUUGCUGUAUUCCAUGAAGUUUGAGAAAUUAUAAGGUAUAAAUACCUAAUUACUUUUUAGCAUUAAGGAAGUAGAGAAUUAUUUUUUAGUUAAUUGUUUUCAUAUCAGAUGUUACAAGCAAAUGCCAAAGUUGAUUUUUUGAGCCAGUAGUCACAGUGCCAAUGUAGUGUUGUAGGUUACUAGUAGAUUACUUGUAAGAAUGAGAAGUGCAGCUAUGAAUAUAUUGCUAGAAUUCAGAUUACUUUUGUAGAUGAAGCUAGAAGCUCGCAAGUAGAGCUUGUAAAUAAGAGAUCAAAAGAUAAGGAAAUCAAUUGCCUUUAGCACCGUAAAGUAGACAUCCUCAGCAUAUGCAGGUCUUAGUUACCCUUGAUCCAGAAUAGUUGGGUUGGCUUAGAUACAACCACAUCUCCCAACAUUGGAAGGAAGUUGCUACAACUCAAAGUAGCUGUCAAUGAGUUUUAGAGAGCAAGUUUGUCACAAGCUUCAUACUGUGUAAGCAGAAAAGGAUUGCAUUUCUGAUUUAACUUAUCAUACCAGAAUGUUAAAAUGGGUCACUAAUAUCUUGUGAGGAUGUAUAGCAGAGAGAUGGAAAAUUUGAGAAACAAACUUUGUAAUAUCUGUAUGUACCUGUAAUGAUACUGUUGAAUCUUGGCUCAUGCAAGUCAUUUUGGAGAAAUAGCUUCAAGCACUGCAUGUGUCAUGACAGGUACUGUUGAAGAACUUCCCCACCUCUCUACUACACAUGUCCACCAAAUACUGUAGACUUGUUGGCAACAGAAAUGCAGUGCUUUUCCCAUCAGAUCACAGAAGUUAUGGCAAACAUACACAAAUGUAGAAGUAUAGGACUUUAUAACCCUAAGAAUUAUGAAUCACAUUACUGGUGGUGGGAAAAGUUUGUAAUUUGUUGUUGAUUUUUAUGUUUUUGUACAUUGGGUAUCUAUUGGGUAGUCAGGCGUCUAUCAGUAUAACAGUCACCAAAAAGGAUUGUAGGAUGUAACAUGGAGUAUAGCUGCUUGGCUCCACCCCAUUUUUAGCAUACUGGAUACUCCAUGAUUUUCCAUACAAAUGUUGAUAGUCCUAUUCAGUCUGAUUGAGAUCACCAUUGCAUGUCAUUUGUAAAAAAUAUGUUCAUUUUAUUUAUUUCACCUGUAAAUAUGUUUCAUUUAUUAACUCCUUGCCAUGUUAAUCUUUUCAUAUUCCUAACAAAGCUGUCAUUUUAUGUAGAGUCCAUAUGUGACUGUUUUGUCACCAUGAGAGAUACUACGCACAUGUAUACUCCUACUAGUCCUAGUGUUCAUGCCAUGCUAACUUGUACAGCCAUGUCUCUGCUAUUGUGGCUUGGUGCAGUGCAGAUGUUAGGCUUUACUGUCAUUAAAUACAGAGUUUAAAUGGGAA